GGCCCUGGGUUUCGUUUUCUAUGGGUUCCCCUGGGACUCCAUUGACCACUCGGAGGCCAUACUGGUCUUGACUGGUUUUUAAUGGGCUGCACAAGAGUCAUCUUCACUUCUCCAUUAUUCAAAUAACCCCAUUGGGUGACCCUGGUGUUGGUUUCCUAAGAUGUGGAUCAGGGAGUCGCCCAUUUCCUUCGCUUAUGAUGAAAGCACGGAAGCGAUGCGGGCACUCGCUGAGGUCACAAUCACUGCUGGGGUGGCAGCGUUUCCGCCACAGCUGGUGAGCAGAGCUGGUGCUCUGGUGAGCGUGCUGCACACCGAGGCUGAGCUCUGGGCCUUCUGUGGAACAGAUCACCCUGUGAGAGCCCGUCAGAAGCACCGCGUGUGCACUCGUCGGUACUCUCUGCAGGGUUCCUGUCCCAAGGGAGAUUUUGGGAUCGAGGCAGUCGGAGGAAGAGGGAAGCCAGCUCUUUGCAAGGGCCGGGGAAGUUCCUGUGCACAGAGGCCUGGGAACUUCAUCAUCCUCUGAGCCUUCAGCGGCCAUGUCUCAGCACGGAGACGACCGCGGUUCCAAUUGCUGCCGUCUGAGUGGCAAGAAGCGGCGCGGCGCGGUUCCCCGCGGUUGGGAGCAGCAGCCAGCAGGCUGCCAGAGAUCCCACCGCGCCUUCCAGCGCACAGAGGGACGCAACAGGGACGGACGGUCCUUCAUGCCAUACAGAAGGACGGAGCCUGCGCGUCCGUGGAGUGGUGCUGGGCAAGGCUGGAAACGCAAAGCCUCCGCAGAAGCUGAUGCGAGCGGCCUUCCAUCAAAGCGCAGCCUUGCAGAAAGGCAAGGCAGAAGCGCCCAGUGUGGCACAGCACCAAAGAGAGGUACGGACACACAGCAGGCACCUGGGUUUGGUGCACUGUCUCUCUAGUGAGGCUUUCUGUCCGUCCUUUCCUGGGACUGUGGCCGUUGUGUGUUGGUUGUGGUCUUAAUCCCUGGCAUGUACAGUAAGCAUUCCUGUGCUGAUUAGAAAUGUGAACCCACAGUCCAGCCAAGAUCCUAUGAUCCAUGACCGUGAGCACUCGAGAUGAGAUGUCCUGGUAUUGUGACCCGUUUUGCAGACGGAAAGUAGUGUUGGGCUCUCAUUAAAUCUCCUUAUUUUUCCUUUCUUAACAGAGAUUGGUGCUGAGCCAAAUGACAAAAUCUAUGUCAAAGUGGUCCAGCAGGUCCAUACUGAGAGAGCAUGUCAAAGAGCAGCAGCUCAGGCUCCACACCAGGCUGGAGGUCCUCUUAGAAGAGCAGGUCCCAGCACAGGGGGAAGACCUUCCCCUGCCGUGUGCCCCCGCUCUGUCUCCAACACCCUGGCUGGAUAUAAACGCAAGGCCUUGGAGGAAGGGAAACCAACAGCAGCUCAGCAGCCUUCCAAUAAGAGAGUGAGGGGGCCGAGUGGAGACGGCGUGCCGGCUCCAGCAGCACACCCUGGGCCUGCUGCAGCGCGGAGCUCCAAGCAAAGAGGUGAGAAGGUGCUGUGGUACCCGCCGUGCUGAGGCAUUUCCCUGUGCGAGCACACUGAGUUUGCUUAGGGUUGGCUUUGCUUUUUCCUACUCCAUGGAGGGAAAAAGAGUGGAAGGCAACAAAGUCCAAAGGCAGUGAGGUGCCAGAAUGUGUAACCCUGUCUCUUCUCGUUAACUUCAUGGUGGUCUUCUGCACGUUCCCCUGGAAAUGUCA